AGAUUUGAAACAUUUCUGCCUUGUCCGUGAUCUUCCAACGAUAUACGCUCGAUCUCCGUUGGUUUUUCAAUUCUCGAUCGGAAUGCCCUCGCGUUCGAUCGACUCGUGUGCACGAUAACCGUUACGGACAGAAACUGAACGAUUAUCGCACGAUAACAUGUUCGAUUUCGCGGGGAAAAAGGGCCCCGACUUUUAUUGUUCCGUGCUGGACCAGACCCCGUUCGAAAGUGACGUGAACCUAAAUCGAGACACUCGUGGGUUAUACACGAUCGGUCCCAUAAGUAUUCGUAUCCUUAAUGCCUAUAAGAAUUUUGUCGAAAUUACUUGAUGGGGGUCCGAGGUUUUAAAAUAAAUCUUUCGCUAUAAACGUAUACGUGUAUAUAAGUUUGGUCGGACAAAAUUUUAGUAAAAUUGGUUGUACAAAGGAAAAAGACUAUGUUUAUUGGGAGUGGAACUCAGCAAUCUGGACACUUUCUCCAAGAUGAUGACGGUGACCAACCGCCGUGUCAAUUUAUUAGAGUGUUUCCAAGGUCUCAUAGAUCACGGAAUACGAAUCGAAGAGGAGUUGACCAUCAGAUAUUGCUUACUUUGCACGUUCAGGUCUGAAAAUCCGGGCGUUCAAGAGGAAACGAUAAAUCUUGGUUUAAGGCUCGGUGAAUUUUUGAGCGACGCCGGCUGGUAUAUGGAAAGCAAACAGGUCUUGUUAGACUGUCGACAAUUGUGCCUCGCGAAUAACACCACGCCGAAGAAUUGGUGUCAAACGUUAGAGUGCUGUCGUAGACUGUUGCACGUGCAGGCGGCAUAUUACGCGUUCGAAAACGCGACGGACACGCAACUGCUCGCUUUGGAAAUGGUAAAUAAACUGAGAGAAGCAAAAUUCAAUGACUACAACUAUGCAGCAUUGUACGUUGAAUUCAGCCUCCUCCACUAUAUGAAAGGCGAAUAUAAUCAGGAUUACAGGUGGAGCGUAGCAGCGUUGAAGCAAUUGAAACCCACGCUGCCUGCGCGCGUUACUAUCGACGCUCUGAGACAGGCUGCGAAGUCGUGCGUAAUGAAACGUGAAUUUCAAAAAGCUAGUCUGUUGAUCAGGCAAGCGCUGUAUCUCGCCAGACAAGUAUUUGAUACGGAUCAUCCAGUGUACAGUAACGUUCUUACAGAUUACGGAUUUUAUUUGUUAAAUUUCGAUAACAUCGGCAACAGUGUAACUAUGUACAAGAAAGCACUAGACAUUAGGAAAGCAAUAUUUGGCAAAACAAAUUUACACAUCGCAUUGGCUCACGAGGGCCUAGCUUACGCCCUCUACGUAUACGAAUACAAUUCUGGUAAAUUCUCGCAGGCAAGUUAUCAUGCUGGGAAAGCCACAGUCAUAAUGGACAAACUAUUACAUCGAGAUCAUUUGUUGUUAGCAAGUGCAAGGAGAGUGCAAGCAUUGAUUUUCGAAGAAGAAGCGUUAAACAUUGCGUCGAUACCGUUUUCAGAGCAUAAUUUAUUAGUCGAGGCUGAGAACCUUCACAUUUUUGCUUUGGAAUUGGCGAAAAAAACGUACGGCGAGAGAAACGUGCAAACCGCGAAGCAUUACGGGAAUUUGGGACGUUUGUAUCAGAGUAUGAGGAAAUUCGAGGUUGCCGAAGAAAUGCAUAUUAAAGCAAUACGAAUUAAAGAAGAAGUGUUGGGGCCAGACGAUUACGAAGUUGGUGUAAGCGUAGGACAUUUAGCAUCGUUAUACAAUUUUCAUAUGAAUCGAUACAGAGAUGCCGAGAAGCUAUAUUAUCGCAGCAUCGCGAUCAGUUUAAAAUUGUUCAAUAAAAGCUACAGUGGCUUAGAAUACGAUUAUCGAGGGCUCUUGCAUCUUUAUACGAAACUGGACAAUUACGAUAAAGUAGUGGAAUACGAGACAGCGUUGAAUAAUUGGAAAGUACUGAGAUUCGAGCAUCAGUCCAAAGAUCCCCCGAUCGACCUUGAAAGACGACCACAGCCGACCGAAGACGUAAUCGAUAAGUUCUUUUCCAUGUAAUGUAUACUUGUAAACUUACACUCGAAUGUUGAUAUUCAUUGAUUCUCGUCGAUCGAUUCAUACUGAUUCCGAUUUUGUUGGUGUAACUCGAGCCAAAGUAUAGACGCAAUCACGAGUUACUUUAUACGACUAGCAAUUCGUAAAUCAUAUAUAUAUACAGGAUGUUCGGCCACACCGGGGAAAAAUUUUAAUAGGGGAUUCCAGAGGCCAAAAUAAGACGAAAAUCAAGAAUACCGGUUUGUUGAUGGAGACU